AUUGAACCAUUAUUUCUCACUAACGAUCAAAAACCUCCUAGCUUGCUGUAGCUAGCUACCCAUGCCUCCCACAUCUCUCCAAUGGCUAAGCUUGGUGGGCAUCAUAUGGCUUCAAUCCAUAAAUGGAACGAACUUCAACUUCCCCGCUUACUCCUCCCAGCUCAAAGACCACCUCGCCUUGUCCCAACUCCAACUCAACAACCUAGCCUUCGCCUCCGAUGCCGGAAAGCUCUUUGGUUGGUUUUCUGGCAUCGCCGCAGUUCACUUCCCCCUCUGGUUAGUCCUCCUCAUCGGUUCAACUCUCGGGUUGAUCGGUUAUGGUUUGCAGUUUCUCUUCCUAACACACCAAAUCUCCUCUCUCUCCUACUGGCAAGUUUUCCUGCUGAGUACAUUGGCAGGAAACAGCAUUUGCUGGGUUAACACCGUUUGUUAUGCGGCGACCAUUAGAAACUUUCCAUCAAAUCGCCAAGUUGCCGUGGGAUUAUCCACAAGCUACAUGGGCUUAAGUGCAAAAAUUUAUACAGAUAUUGCUGAUGUGGUGAGUCCUUCUUCUCCCAUUACAAGAGCAAAAGGAUACCUUUUUCUGAGCUCGCUUUUGCCUCUGCUGGUUUGCAUGGUAACUGCACCAUUUUUUAGAGAUAUCAACAGUGUCAAAAAUGAGAAGGGAAGGACCAGGAGAAGUAUUGGAGAAGAAGGAGAAGGAGAAGGAGAAGGAGAAGGAGAGGGAAGGUUUUUCAUUAUUGUGAUGUUUAUGAUAACAAUAGGGACUGGAGUGUUUGCUGUGAUCACAAGUUUGGGGUAUACCUCAAGUGGGUUGUCGCCAGUGGGCAAUUUGAUAGGGCUUGGGGUGUUCCUACUAGCUCCCCUGGCUGUGCCUUUGGGAGUUUUCCUAAGGGAGAGAUUAAAACAGAAGAGGUGGAUGAAUGGGGAGAGAUCGGGAAGAGUGUAUGAUGUUGAAAUAGAGGGUACUAGAGGAGAUGAUGAAGAUGCAGAGAAGCUAGAGAGAGGGGCGGUGAAAGAAGAUGAAGGUAGUAGGCAUGAAGUUGGGGGAGGAGUGAAGGAGGAGGUCAAUGUUGGAGUAAAGGAGAUGGUGCAGAGAGUGGAGUUUUGGUUGUAUUUUUUUGUGUAUGUUUUUGGUGCGACGAUCGGGUUGGUGUAUUUGAACAACUUGGGACAAAUAGCGGAGUCUCGUGGAUACUCUAGGACUUCUUCUCUGGUCUCCUUAAUCUCCCAUUUCUUGUUCUUUGGUCGCCCUGUCCUUCUCUUUUGUGAUUUUACUUUUUUCUCUAGGAGUACUUGCAUGGUUUCAAAACCAGCAUCAAUGGCGGCCCUAAUGGUCCCAAUGUGCGGAGCAUUCUUCCUCCUCCUCAACGGAAGCGACGGGUGCCUCUACAUUAGCACCGCCGUAAUAGGGGUGUGCACCGGCGCCAUUACUUCAGUGGCGGUUUCCACCACCACCGACCUCUUUGGCCCGAACCACUUCAGCAUUAACCACAAUGUUGUGGUUGCCAACAUCCCCGUUGGCUCCUUCCUCUUCGGGUUCUUAGCUGCUCUUCUCUACCGCCACGAAGGGAGCCUCAACAGCGAAGAUGGCGGCAGGUGCACUGGCAUGGAAUGUUACACAAGUACUUUCGUCAUCUGGGGCUGCCUUUGUUUUCUAGGGACUGUCCUAGCUUUGGUCCUACAUGCCCGCACUCGCAAGCUCUACUCUCACAUGCGAUAGACAGUUAGCUACUUUUCUGAGAUAUUUUAAUGGUCACAUGUAAAUUUUAUGUUAUGAGGUUUCAAGUUUAAAAUGAAAUUAGUAAAAAGAAUAUAGGAUGAGAGGCAAGUUAAUUUUUAUUAUGUAAUUAGUUUUUGAACAAAAAUAAAAAAAUACUAUACGUAUCUAACUAUAUGUAUAUGUAUGUUUACCUGUUGUAGUUGUAUAGAUCUUAUAACAAUGUAUGAUAUAUAUAUUGAUCGGCGAAUAUAUUUGAUAA